CUUAGACUGAAAGAUAUCGACCCAUUUGAUAAAGUGGUCAAUCAUGGCGGUGGAAGAGAAAGCGGUAAUUAAGUACGGAAUCAUCGGAGUGGGGAUGAUGGGAAGGGAGCAUCUCCUCAACCUUUACCAUCUCAGGGACGAAGGCGUGGAAGUUGUAUGCAUCGCGGACCCACACAUUCCUUCCCAACAACAAGCCUACCGGCUUUCACUUUCUUUUCAAUGGCCUAUUCAGAUAUUUUCAGGGCAUAAGGCUCUGUUGGACAGUGGGCUCUGCGACGUACUGAUAGUCUCGACACCAAACAUGACUCACCAUGAGAUUCUAAUGGACAUUUUGAAUCAUCCCAAACCUUACCAUGUUUUAGUUGAGAAGCCUCUCUGCACUUCGGUUGAGCACUGUAAAGAGGUGAUGGAGGUGGCCGGCCGGUUGAAACCGGACAUGCUGGUCCAAGUGGGGCUGGAGUAUAGGUACAUGCCGCCUGUGGCGAAGUUGGCAGAGAUCGUCAAAGGUGGAUCUUUAGGGCAGGUCAAAAUGGUGUCAAUCCGAGAGCAUCGUUUUCCUUUCCUAGUUAAGGUAAACAAUUGGAACCGGUUUAAUUGUAACACAGGUGGCACUCUAGUUGAGAAAUGCUGCCACUUCUUUGAUCUUAUGAGACUAUUUGCUGGUGCAAACCCAGUUCGUGUUAUGUCUUCUGGAGCUAUUGAUGUGAAUCACAAGGAUGAGAUCUACGAGGAUGGCAAGGUGCCUGAUAUAAUAGACAAUGCCUAUGUUAUUGUAGAGUUUGAAAAUGGAUCUCGGGGCAUGCUGGACCUGUGUAUGUUUGCUGAGGGAAGCAAAAAUGAACAAGAGAUAUCUGUUACGGGUGACAUUGGCAAGGGUGAAGCAUUUAUCCCAGAAAGCAUAGUCCGCUGGGGUAUACGAGAGGAGGGUCGAGCAGGGGUUCAAACCAUAAACACCAAAGAUGAUCGAAUAAAGUAUAAUGGAUUGCACCAUGGGUCUAGCUACUUGGAACACCUUCACUUCUUGUCUGCAAUAAGAGAAAAAGGAGCAAGAGCUCCAUCCGUCAGCUUAUAUGAUGGAUUGAUAUCGGUUGCCAUGGGUGUGGCUUCACAACUUUCAAUUGAAAAGGGGAGAUUUAUUGCCAUCAAUGAGAUUUUAAAAUAAUUGUUUCAAAAUUGAAUAGUGCGUGUAGUGGCUAUUGCAAAAUGUUCUGUUUUCAUCAUAUCCUAAGGUGGUUAAGUCUUUUCUCCCUAUUUUAUAUGCAAAUGUGAUUACCACUUUUAAUAUUUCUAUGGACAAUUGUAAUUGUGAUUACCACUUUUUCUUAUUGCAAUUGUGAUUACCACUGUUUCUUAUUUCUAUUAAGGUGGUUAAUUUUUCUGUUUUCA